AUGAAAAAAAAAAUUCAAUGGGAAAUAAUAAUGUAUAUAAAUAUACUUUUAUUGGAAUUUUAUAGUAUUGAAAAUGGCAAAUUCAUUAUUCUGUUAAUAUUUUUGGCAUUAAUUUCUCGUUAUCUUUAUACAAAAAAGGUAAUUUAAAAAAUAGGGGAAUUGAUUAUUAAUCUUAGAAUUCAGCAAUAAAAUUAAUAGUAAUAAUAAAUUCCAGAGAAUGAUGAAUAUUAUAAAAAAAGUAUUUGAUAUUUAAUUGUAUUAGAUUCUAUUAUUAAGCAAUUGAAAAAAAUUGUUAAAGUUUUAAAAAGCAAAUUCAAAAAGACAAAUGAAUCAUCAAUUGAUAUUUCAAAGAAAUAUAGCUAAUUUGAUAUGGAAGAAUCUAUUUGA